AUGGCUCCCACCAAGCGCUCCUCCGGUUCAGCACCUCUUGCCCCAAAGCGCCCACGACUCCCAAGACGACCUGAAGAACAUGAAGAUUUACUGACUGACGAGUCUGAGAUACCUUGCCGACCAUUGACUCCACUGCCAGCCCGCACUCGGAGUAGUCAGUCGACAACCGCCCCAAUAGCGCGUAAAGGGCUUCUGUGUUCUACCGACACAUCCACUGGAAGAAGCAGCCCUAGAAGGGUAGAAUUCCAUCUCCCCGAUGGCAAUACUGAUAGCGUUGAAGUGCAGGAGCAUCAGGAGGAUGUGCCAGAGGUGGAGGAAACCGCCGAUACCAGCCACUCGGAGUAUGAUGACUCCCCAGAGAACGCCCAGGAGAGCUCUGAGGAGAACCUGGACGACCCGGAGGAGUCGGAAGAACCUCAAGCCUCCACUCAGCAGAGAUCCCAGAGUACGGGGAAGAGGCCUCGUACAGUGCAGCCGACUACUGCCAGAGCACUGGGCAAUGCUCGGAGGAGACCAACCGGAGCCGUAGUGGAGGUUAUUGCUUCCUCCGACGUGUCGGUGGAUGUGGUACAGAGGGGAGCACGUCCGGGUGCAAAGGUAGUACGGAGAGCAGCUCCCACUUCGGCACCCAGCCAGAAUGCAUCCCAGAGAGCACCGCCAAUACCCACACAGUCUAGGCCUUCUGAACCUGUUUAUUAUCAUGAUUACAGCUCUUCGACGCGCCAUAUCGAUCUUUCCUCAUUGCGCUCUCGAUACGGGGAGUCCUCACCUACUUACCGCCCCUAUCGUUCCUCCCCGCCUUUUGAGGGCGUUGGCGAGAGCUCUAUGAGCAGUCCCCGGAUUCCCUCAAGCCCUCAGGUAUAUUUACCAGAAGCGCAACCAAGAGUCUACGAUAUUGCACAGCUUUCGUCGUCUAUUAGGGAAGGAAAUGCUCCUAUAGCAGAAAGCGAGGUUGGUAGUAUUCCCGAUAGCACUGACGACCGCUUUGAGAGCACUGUUAACAUUCAUGCGAGCAACCUAUCUCAGAGAUCCUUGUUACCUAGCUCGAGGAGUGCAAACGUUCUCUCAAUGCAGGCUCAGAGGAUUGAGAAGGAGUGCAGCACGCUAAUCGGGGACCACACUCUUCUACAUGAGCCUUUUCCACCUGCAGCGAGGCUUUCGGUACUGGUAGUGAACAUGUGGGCAGCUGCCAGUCGCAGGGUGGGAUGUGCGCCAGAUCUGGACGAGGUCGUUAUCAAACAGACCUACCGUCUACGGUUUCUUGCGCCAGAGAUUAUCGACAUAUUGUACUAUAAAUACUUUGAUGGGGUCAGGAUGCGAGGGGUAAAAGACCCCGAGUUCCUAGAGCGGAUUACCCCUACAUUUAUUUGCCUGAUAUCCACUGCAAUUUGGCAUGGCAUUCGGGCAUGGUCAACGGGAACAUACGUGAAGCCUGACCAUUUCCAGUCACAGAAUGAGAGUGUUGUCAAAACGUUCAACAGGAUGAGCAACACAUGGAAGGGGAGGAGUAGGCAGAAUCAGGAGGCAACGUUGGAGGUGAUCAAGGAUAACCUCCGGGAGAAGAUACGAGAGAAGAAGGGUAUCACUAUUGAGGUGAUACCGGAAGAUGGAUUUAGCGAGGACGACGAAGCGUUAGCGGCGGAUCUUGCGGCAUUCCGGAAUGCUCGGAGAGCACCUCCGAGUGCUCCAGGGGAUAUCUCCGACAACGGUGGCGGCCAGGAAGAGGUGGUUCAGGCUCAACUUCGGGGCAUUGAAGCGGAAGAGGAAGGCGAGGAGGAUGAAGAUGAGGAUCGCGAGGGAGGGGAGGAGGAAAAGGAUAUGUAG